AUGGAGUUGGGAUUCGAUUUCACAAAUGAGUUAGGGGUUAAAGUUGCUAUGAAGACUGAUAUCCAUCCGAGCUCCCCUACCGUCGCUGGUGAGUGUUUCGUCUUACAAAGACGUAGUUGUUGUUGUUGUUCUAAGAGAAAAGCAGCAUCGAUGUUGUUUUCAUUGUUUCUUUUCUGCUGUUGUUUUUUUGCUUUGUUUUUUGGUUUGUAUUUUUUAUCCAAGAGUAAUUAAAACGAUAAGUUUAUACCACGAAACUUUCACUGACCCAUUGCAAUUGCCGAACCGGACACCAGAUCAACUUCUAGGACUACAGCUGUUAUAUCGUAAGCAAAACGAUCUCUAUGCACGGAAAGAAGAGUCCAUGCUUAGCACGCUCAACACCUCUUUUACUUAGAGAUGACUUUAGGUGUAAACGUGUAGUACUUUUCAUCUUCCGCACUGAAUUUGUAAUUAGAUAACUUAUGCGGCUAGCAAGCAGCUCUUUUAGGGGCGGUACCUUGGGUACGCCAUUUCUUCUCCGGAUUUUGUGUUUAUUCUGCUGUUAAGCAACAGCCUUCAAGGACUCUUUUCUCUUAAGAUAUUUCUUCAAGUAUGAUUUUAAUUAUGUGAGUAAGUUUAUUACAAUUUUUUACAUUGUCAAUCUUGCUUUUGUUUAACCCGAACUUGACCGUAAGACCAAGAGAUUUAAGUUAGAAAGACAUUUCGUAAAGUGUGAAAAUCACGAAGGUAUCUACUUAGUAUGCGAACUCCGCUCUGCGUAGCUUAGCGUGAUUCGCUAGUUAAGUGUAAAAGCAUGACGAAGGUUAGAGAUUGAGAGCUAAGUAAAUGUCACCUUUAUAAGCGGUGACCCACACUUUCAGAGAGAGACUGAGCUAGUCCCCAUUGUAAUAACUUGCGUAAUAAAAGAGAGAAUAAAAGAAAUAGUCAACUGAACGACGAGUGUUAGGAAAUUAUUUCUAACACAAUACAAAAUAGGUUUGAGUCCAGUCAGGGCGGGUGUGGUGUUCCAGUCAUACCAGAAUUGAUACAACGUAAAAAACCUUUUUCUUUUAAACUUAGGUUUUAACGAGUGCGCCGAUUCAACUCAAAACAAUUGUCAUCAGCAUGCCAGUUGCAAUGAUUUACCCGAAGGUUUUUCGUGUAAAUGCAAGGCCGGCUUCAAAGACAUCGGGAAUACACCGGGAGUACAGUGUGAAGGUAAUCUUUGUAUUAUCAACUUUGAUUGAUGAAGACCGCUUUUCGAAUGAGUGUCGAAAUCCAAAACCAAAAUAAUAACAAUGGCCAAUCAGAGCGAAGCAGAAUGACAUUAAAAGCCAAUCAGAACUCAAAGUAAAUAUAAGCAACAGCCUGAAGCGCGGGAAAAGGCAAGCAGAAAAGUGGUGAUUGGUUUUAGCUUUGGCGCGAGUUUACUUAGCCAAUCAGAAAGCAAAAUCACCAGGCAAAACUAGUACAAUCAAGGUAUACUUUCAACACUCAGUUUAGAAUUACUCAAAUGGUAGUGGGUAAGAGAAGAAUAAUUUGUCGCAUCAAAGCUUACUUUCUCUCAGUGGACUGAUAGCGUAAUAACAAUAACGUUGAAUCUAUUGACUGUUUAUGUAGCCCACCUCUUUUCUGGAGAUUUUAAAACAGCUAGAAUCAUUAUCAAAAUAGAUUGAGCUACAUUGCAAUACGCAACUUCCGUCUUUUGGACAAGUGCGGGUGUAACAUUUGUCAACUGAACUCUUCAAAAUUCCUCGGGGACAUAAUGGAGGUUUAAAUGAAACUAACGACGUUACCAGGAUCUUUUGUCGUGUUGCUGAACCCUUUUGGCCAACCUUAAAACCUUUAAAGUGCACUCUGUUACUUACUGAUCAUUGUCUUAUCACGGCCAAACUUUAUCAAGGAGUAAAGUUUCUAACUGGAGUGCACGUUUUGUCUUUUUCUCCCAAGAUGUGGAUGAAUGUAGCACCGGAAAUAAUAAUUGUGACAACGAUGCUGCCUGUGUUAAUGCAGCAGGGACAUACUCUUGUAACUGCGGCUCCGGGUUUACUUGGGAAGCAAAAUUAAUGAAAUGCAAAGGUAACUAAUCAAAUAUUAAAGUAAAUAAAAUAUUUUGGUUGUAUUAACCCUUUUCACCCUAAAAUUGGUAUUCAUAUUCUCCAAAGUGUUCUUUUUACAUUUCUUGUGGUACUGACAAGGAUGAUUUGUUUGAAAAAUCAGGAGCUUCUUAAAUUGGUGAUAAUUUCCUUUACUCUCAUGACCUCUGUAUUUGAUUCAAAGGUGAUACUGCAAGUAGAAAUUAAAAGCUAGUCUCUCUUAGGGGUUGAAAAGUAAAGGGUAACAAGUUGCAUCGGAUAGACAUCUUAGCUUAUUUUUUUCUAUGGGUCUUACGUUUUGUCGAGGGAACCUCAGAAAUUCCUCUAUGAACCUACAAUCCAGAGGAAUGUUUUUUGGGACACCAACUACCUCCCCAGCUCCAUCUCAAUUUGGAUGUGGCAAGGUGGCUUUGGAGAGGGGCGAAAGAAUAUCAUGAGUUUUUGAAGAAGCGUCCUGGCCAAUUAUGUCUCAGAAUUAGGAAUUAUUAGACUUAUCUCUUGGUAGAUAAGCUACGAGUUAUCACGUGCCAAGCAUUAGCGGUGUCUAACAGGGUGUUUACGGUAAACAAACAAUAUUUUCUUCAAUCACUGCGAUAUAUUUUCUUUCAGUUACUUGUAAACUUCGGUGAGAAGUUCACAAGUUUUGCAGUAGAUGUGCUCGUGAACGAAAGCCUUUUUUGUCACUUUUCUUGAGGGCUCAUCAAGGAUCAAAGGAAGAGUGCAUAAAACAACAGUUCGUUUGUGGCGUGUUUGCUGUUUUCCAUUGCCGCAAACGAUAUAUGAUUAUUGAGCCCGGUUGGAAGAAAACCUCUCACACGAAUGAUUAAGAUAGAUGGCAAGUCCUCCACCCGCCGAAAUUCUCUCCAAUUGUUUUAGUUCUCCAUGCUAACUCUCCACCGAAGAAAACAGGGUAAUUUAGUAUAGUCAACUGAGUUGGUAACGUAAAUUGGCUACCGGUGGCCAAUUUACGUUACCAACUAAGUUGACACUACUAUUUAAAUUAUCCUGUCACGCUCUCCUACCGACGCAUCCGCACAAUUUCUUUAGAAAUUUGCCCCGUUUCUCCACCGAAUUGUCUCAACAAUACUUCGCCUUUUCAUUACUUUAUCAGAUGUCAACGAGUGUAGCAUGAAUACCGAUGACUGCCAUAACCUGGCCACCUGUUCUAACAAGGAAGGUGGAUACGAUUGCAACUGUAAAGCCGGAUACACAGGCAGUGGCGUUUCUUGUUCAGGUAGCAAGCAAACAUCUCUUUUAUGACAUUCCUGUCAAUUUCAAAUGAUGCUAGCUUAUUCCGCAAAAACAAACAUCAGCAAUAGCAACUAAAUGAACAACAUUUAAACACCAACAAGAACACCCAAAGGGAGAAUAAAGCGAAUAAAAUGCUCUUAAUCUGCAUGAUAGAGAGAUUUUUAACUUAUUUUCGGAAGUUAUGUGGAAUUGCUUCGGUUUUACUCAAUUUUGCGCCUUGAUUGGUCUACAAAACCCGGGCCACUCUCUCAACCAAUCAGAUGCAAAAUUAAAUCCAAGCACGAUUUGGUUGCCCGCGUUUUCCCGCGCUUCAGGCGGUUUGGUUGUUUUUACUUUAAGUUCUCAUUGGCUCUUCAGAAUCUAUUCCUCUCUUCUAAUUGGCCUUUGUAAUUACUUCGUUUUUGUUUUUACGACACCCAAUCGAAAGGCGCUGCUUUCUUGAAAAUAAUGGGUUCUUUUUCCCUUCUCAGAUGAAGACGAGUGUAGCACGGGAUCGCAUCAAUGUACUGGUGGCAGUCAAUGUAUUAAUAACCAAGGUAGCUACACUUGUCAGUGUGCGUCAGGACUUAAGUGGAACGCCAACAAGUUAAAAUGUCAAGGUAAACAUUCAUGUUUCAGGCAUCUUUAUCACAUUUUCUAUUAUUAAAAGUUUUGACUAAAAUGUCUGGAAACUUUAAGUUCCCCGUUAUGUCCCCUUAUUCUCUUAUGCUUAAACCCUUAUCAGCUAUGAUCGGAUGAUGAGAAAUGUGUUUGCAUCCUUUGAAGAAACCACUUAUUCCGCGCAAAGUACUAGUGUGGAAAUUGGAGGAUUUUUGUUGUAUUUCGAUAUAAUUCACUUCACGCCCCCAAAAGAGGCUGUAAUAUUCUUCAAUCUUCUAUAGUUACCCCUCUAUACUCUGUUGACGUUCUCUCUGAAAGCUAUGUGAUCCCCCCAAAAUUCUCCACCCCCUCCCCUCCCUGGCGAUUAAUAAUGACCGCUUCCUAAGCAGCAUAUUAUGGUCUUUGCUGAGCUUUCAUUUAAGCGUGUAGAAACAUGCAAAUGUCCCUAAAGUAAUCUAGUCUGGGUUAGAAUUCUACCAUGAUAUGCAUUACGUUAGUUAAUUUGCAGUUCUCUACGGGUAAAAAUAUGAUUUCUAAGAGUUUUCAUUGUUUCUGCAGAUGUUGACGAAUGCAAAGAAAAGACAGAUGAUUGUAACAUAUUGACUAAAUGCGUCAAUAAUGAAGGCUCCUAUGAAUGUCAGUGUAUUGCAGGAUACACUGGCAGUGGCAAUUCUUGUUCAGGUAACAGUGACUUAAACUAGCUCGUGGUUAUUGGAAUAUCACCCAUGGCCACUGUCUUUGCUUAAAAUAAAAAGUGAGAGCGUGAGAACUCGGAAAUCGUGAUAAAACGAUGUUUUUUUUGUCUUGUCACAUCGUGGGAAGAUUUGGAAGCUGAAGGUUUGGGGUUCGAUUCCUUGUGGCGAGUCGGGAGGUUUUUCUAUGUCCCUGCUCGUCGCAAAACGGAAAAACAACAGUUCUUAAAAAAGAUAUAUAACUUAUUAACAUCCGAAGCUGGAAACUUAUGCUUUAAAUUCUAAACCGAAUUUUUCAUUUGGACGAUCUGUUUAAACAAAUCUCCCCUGGGUAUCGAAAGCAAUCCGAAGAUCGUUUGGGUUUUACUUCACCAUGCUCUGAGAUUGUUCAAGGAAACUCGCACCGCCCAUUACUCUAAUAAAAACCAAAACUAACCGUACCUUAGUCGCUCGUGUUUACUCGUGUUUCUGGCGGUUAACAGGAAAUGGCCCAUUGUUCCCGAUCAAAUUUCUUAUUACCCUUAAUUACACUUAUGCACCAUUUUCCUACUGUUGACCAGUACCGUAAGGGAGUUGACUCGGAAGUUAUUGAAGUCGAUCAGAAGAAUAUAAGCAGUUUAUAUUCUCUUGAGUCGUUCAUUAAUAUUCGGAAAUUGUCGGCGGUCGAGAAAAAUUGUCGUGGGGAGUGGGGAGCGUAAAAAUGCGUGUCAGCAUAUUGUGUACAAGACGGGUAUCCAGGGGGAUCUGCUCGAGCUUAUUCAUAUAGAAGCUUCUUGUGAGAUUUUCCUCUUUUCUGAUCGGUGUUUCUGCUUAGUAAUUAAGUUUUGGUUCAUCGUAGCCUGAUCAAGAAGCGCUAUAAAGACUUCUUGUGACGCAGAAAGCAGUUUUUGAGCCUUACAUUUCUUUUCUCCCUACAGGAAUGUGAAUGACGCACUGAAAAAAGAAAUCACAUUCUCUUUCCAUAAUACUUAUUCUAUGUGAUGCCAUUUUAAGCUAACGAUAUUAAUUAUCAGUGAAAGUAGGCUUAUAUAUAUGGUUUGUUUGUUGACUUUUACAAUCAUUAACUUAUUCCUGACUAGACUUGAAUGAGUGUGCCUCGCCAUCGUCUCACACCUGCAGCAGUAAUGGAGCCUGUAUCAAUGUGGAAGGGACGUACGAAUGUGAAUGUGAGCCUGGGUACAAGUGGAAAGCAAGCGCAAUGCGUUGUCAAGGUUAGCAUAAAUAUAUGAGGCUGUUGGUUAGUUUCAUUGCGAAUGUAACGGUUACUUUUCAGUUGUGCAAUUACGCGAGGGUCGUUAAAUAGUUGAGGGAAUGAUUUAACAAAGAGCAAGUGAAUGAAUUAGUUAUCAGUCGAUGGAUCAAAAUUAAAAAGAGGAAAGAGGGAGUUAAGGAAAUUGGCAAGGAAGAUUUAAGAGGAAAACAAAGAUAGGAGAGAAUUUUAUUGCCUUCACUUUUAUUUAUUAAAGGAUGUAGGCCAAAGUGAUUUCUUUUAGCUUUGAAAUCCGACCAUUCUACUUGUGCUUACGUUUUCACUCACUCAUUUUUUUUGCCAGAUGUUGACGAGUGCCGCCAAGAGACAGAUAACUGCUCCCCAUUAGCUACCUGCACUAAUAAAAUUGGCUCAUUCGAAUGUGAGUGCAUCACAGGAUUCACCGGCGAUGGCGUCCACUGUGCAGGUAACGUUUGAACGAGCCCGAUCACUAAUACAAAUGAAGAACCAGCCAAUUUUCCCUCGCAGACUAUAUUCUAUAUAAAUUCUAUAUAUUUCGUUAUGAAAAAAGAUGAAAAACAAAUCGGAACCGCUAGAUCGCUAUGCAAUGGCGUGAGAUACAUGUUGAUUUUUGUGUAAGCUUUCAGUGCCAUUAAAUUUAAUUUAAAAUAUUUUACCCAUGCAAAGUACAAUUCUGGCAGUUCUUUCAAUCUCUCCUUUCAAAUGCUUUGAAAUGUUUGUUUGUACUCCAGGGCCAGGCGGCUCCUCAUGUUCCGUCGAAGCGGAUGUGGCCUUUGUGCUGCAUAGUGUCAGUCCUGGAGAAGUAUUUGCUCAACUUAAGAUGUUCUUGAAGCUGGCAGCGGCUAAAUUCACUAUAUCACUGGGAAAUCGUUUGGGUGUCUCUCUCUAUGGAAACACUGUUUCACAUCAAGUCUCUUUGGACGUCUCGAAAGAUAAUAAACGUUUUAUAAGUGCCGUGGAUUCCCUUACACCAUUGGUCGGAGGGAAUCGUCUGGACCUCGCUAUAUACGAUACAUUUAACAGUCACUUUAACCACUUUAACACCAUAUCCUCCAAUGCUAAAGUGAUGGUGUUAGUUGUCAGCGAUAACGUGAACCGUCCAACCGUUCAUUGUCCUUCGUAUAUUCAACCUUAUGAGUUAGCGAAACGAAUGUAUCAAGCAGGCGUCAGAGUUAUGGUGGCUGCUGUGGCUGUGAACAUAAGCGAGGACUAUAAAGAAUUCGUCGAGAGUGACAACGAGAUUUGGUAUUUUGAUGAUUACGAAAAGCUUGUUUCUACAGCUGGAGAUUUCGCGAUUGCUGUCUGCCAAACUGCUGGUAAACUAUAGCAGUAAAUCAUUUUUUUACUCUUUUCCAUAGACUAAUGUGGAUGAAAAAAAUCUCUACAAAAGAAAACUUAUUUUUAACAAGACUCGGCCAGUGUUUUCUGUUGGAAAAUUCGUCAGCUUCCAGUUUGAAGGCCAUGAAUCGCAUGUCAUGCUUAAUAUAAACGAAAUGCGUAUUGAAUAUGCAUAACACUUUAUCAUUUCUUUUCGCUAAGCUUAUAUUACUUUAAUUCACGAAGCGCGUUUUACCUCUUUUAGCACCACCAUUUUUUAAUUCUUUGUCAUUCGUGACUGUGCGCUGAAUUGUCUUCAAAUUUUUUCAUGUUCUCCAGUCCCUGAACUCUUCCUUCCGCAAUAGAGAGUUUAUAGCGCGCGGACGGGAGAUUGUAAGGACUGCAAAAUUGUUUUUCUAACCAUUCGAUUUUUUAAAUUUGAUCUCGUUUUUGGCUUACUUUGAAUUCAGUUCAUUCUGGUAGUCCACCAUAUUGUUCAGCGGAAGGUGAUUAUUGUCAAGAAAACGGGGAGUGUCAGGAGUCAGGAGGUGUCUACGAUUGCAAAAAGUGUAAACCGGGCUACAAGUUAAAUGGAGACCGCUGUGAUGGUGAGAAUAGGACCUUUAUUUAAAUAGAAAACGGAACCUAAUAAAACUGAACAGUCGCAUGCUCUUACCCAACAAUGACUGGCCAAUUAUCAACGACAGUGCCACUUUUGUAUUUCCCUUCAUAGCGCAUAUUGUCUAGUGAUCAUACCAAAAUUGUGAGAUCGAUUGAUUUAUCCAUUUCUGACCACUGAUGAUCCGUAAAGGUGGUGAAGUAGGGGAAAGAGUGGUGUGGGGGAAAAAGCGGUAGGGUAGGGUGGGGUAGGGUGGACUUCAAUUUCCUCUCCCCCGCCCCUCCGACGGAAAUUUUUACGUAUUUAACGGAGGUACAGCUCGCUCUUGUUUCGUUAAACAGAUUAUCGCAAGCUUGGCAAAAGACUCAGUCUUGCGAUCGUUUUGUCAGGACCGCUCUUAGCGAAAUAAUGUGUUUUGAGACUUUUUUCGGAACGACAGCCAACUUAAGCUCUUUGUCUCACGUUUCUGCAGAUAGUGAAGAGCAGUUGCCUUUUAUCAGCGAUAUACUUCAAAUGAUCAUUUUAUUAGUUUUGCCAUUUUAGAACUUUUAACCUUUGGUCUUAAAGCAAUCGUCGCUCUACUGACCUGAGACGGACUCUCCAAACGUUACCAUCUAGAAUAAGUUAAGUUGUGGAGGAGGCGACCAACAACCUGCUUGCCUUUUUGUCUCUCAGAUGUCAACGAAUGCGACAGCCCUUCAACAAGGAAUACGUGCAAUAACAACAAUGGCGAUUGUAUAAACACAGUUGGGUCUUACAUUUGCAUUUGUAAGACUGGCUUCAGAAGAGAGGGUUCCUCUUGUACAGUCUUCUUCAGUCCACAGUCUUCUUCUGUACCUUCGGGUAAGUUGGAAGGCGAGAGAGAUUAAGUCAGCGUAAGGUGCUUAUUACCGUUUAAACACCAAUCGCUAUAGCCUAAGGUGCAUACGUUUAGGGUAGUUUUCAAUUUUUGUCGAAACUAAAGAAGGGUUUUUUUGGGAUUUGCUCAACUCCGCUCUGUUAUUGGUCCAGAGGAUGAGCGCCAUCUUCUCAACCAAUCAGAUGCAAAACUUUAACCAAUCGUGAUUUGGUCACUCACGUUUUCCCGCGUUUCAUGCAGUCUGCAUGUUUCAAUUUUGAGUUCUCAUUGGCUAGCGAUGAUAUAGAUCUUUACUACGAUUGGCUUUUGUGAGCGUUUCGUCAGGUUUUUUCCUGACAGUUUAUCGGUACUCAUUUCUACUCCUACUGGAAGAGGCACGGUGAAUACAUGCGUAAUUAUUCAUAGAAGUGAUUUCUGUACUUUUCUUUUCCAGUUGCAGAUAUUUCAGAUAUUAACCAAUCUGUAGCUUUGUCAUCAAACUUUUUGUAAUGAGUAGAGGUGAUUCCUCAGGGAAAAAAACUAUCUUACAAUUUUUUUUUUAAACUUUCCUUAAAUGUUUCCCACCAAUGCCUGUUUCGAAAUACACAAUGAAAAGAUAGUUCACCAUGCGUUUAAGAAAUAUGAUGGGCCAAACGUACCCCAUUUAUGCCUGUACUGGCGCGUCAUUUCAUCACUUCGCGGCGCAUUUUGCAGUUGCUGGAAGCACUAGAUUCUGAAGUUGCACUCGAAACAAACUUGAUAGAUAGAAAUUCUAGAGAGUAUGGAAUAAUUUGAUUUAUACUUUGUGGAAAAAUUACGCAGUUUUAAACGACAUUGAUUGAAAACGUUCCACGAAUUGUUGAUCGUGGCUUCGUGCAUGCUCUUAGCUAUAUCUCUUUUUCCUUCAAUGAUUAAUUUUUCAAAUUUCUCCAAUUUAAAUGGAAUAAUUUGUUAACCAAAAUUGUUCAACAAAAAAUAUAGUGUAUCAUGCUUGUUCGAGAGCUAAAGAUCAUCGUACCUCUUUACCUAGUCAUUGGAUUGAAAAACAAUACGUGUUUUCGGAAUGCACGCGUGCUCAUAUCACUGAUUGCGUGAUUUUUAUGCGAAAUACAGGAUGCGCGGUGCAAAACUAAGGAGCCACCCUAAAGGAGAACCUCUCAUUAAUUAAGACUAUUUAUUGGGUUGUACAUCAAGCAACCUCAGACAGUAUUUGUAUCCAAAGUUUAUCUACAGCUUUUCAUAACCAAGGCUUAUCUGUCAUGCUCACUAUGACAUACGAGUAAAAAGUUAUGUGUUUCAUCUACUAAUUGUAGGUGUUCUGCGAGAAGUUUACACUUCAAUCAUUGGUGAUACUGUGGAAGAACUUUAUCGUCAUGACAAGUUUCCCAACAAACCUGACAUUUCCGAAGUUUUAUCGGAAUUCGACGCCACCUUUAAUGAUACCGAAGGCUACGGUCAGCGGCUUUCCGCUUUUUAUCAGGUAAGUAAUGGAAGCCUGAUUUACUUCAGGUUGCAAAUAGUACCAGGAUUGGCUCAAAAUUUGAUCCAACGUAUCAUUUGACAUUUUCAAACCCAGCAUAAUAAUACUGCCGGUCUUCUGUCAGUCUGACCUCUCGCAAAAUGAGCAAAAUAUUGUAGGUUCUAUCUAUAAUCUGGUAGCGCAAGUGUAUGAUAUAACGUAUCAUUUGACAUUUGCAAACCCAACUUAAUACUAUUGCCAGUCUCCUGUCUGUCUACCCUCUCGCAAUAUGAGCAAAGAGUUGUAAGUUCUACCCAUAAUGUACUGAUGCAAUUAUAUGAUAUAACGUAUCAUUUGACAUUUGCAAACCCAACUAAUUCCGUUAGAGACAUUCGCGGUCAGUCUUAGGCUUCCGGUUAUCUGAAUGUCUGCCUUUCUGUAAUUAAAAUGAGCAUCUAGGUUCUACCCAAAAUAUGACUGCUCAAGCAUAUGAUGUAAUGUGUUAUUUGACGCUUUGCAAACCAAACCAGUUGCACAGAAGACAUUUGCUGUCACUUCAAGUUUUCUGUCUGUCUGUCUGUCUGCAAAAUCUCCAAAUCUUGCGGAUGAUUCAGAAAGAUGAGAACGCUAAACGUAAUGCGAUAACACAACUCUAGUUAAAGCCAUUAAAACAUUUUGUUAUCACUCUCAUUUUUAAUCUUUCGUUUGAAGUCCACCAUCAAGCCGGCUUGAAAUCAUUCCAUAGACGCCAGUAGUGUUAUGUAUUAUGACUGUAAGAAUAAGGUUCUAGAAAUUCCUAAGAUGCCUUGUCACGCUGACAUGCAUACACGAACUUUCUAUUGUCAGACCAUGGUACUUUGUGGAAAAUUCUGUAAGGUUAUGUAUUUAUGAUGCAAUACUACCUAAAUAGCUGUGUUUCGAAUUAUACCGUAACACUUAGCAAAUGAUAGAAACUCUGCCCUCCAACUCCACUGGACCAUGGACAGCUAUGAAUUUUCCUUCAUGUUUGCUUUCAGCCUCCAGAAACAGGAUCUUAUGUCUUUACAUUGUCGUGUGAAAGUUCGUGCGAAUUAUGGCUUAGUGGCGAUGACACAGAGGCGAACUUGACCAGGGUGGUAAAACUGGAACCUUGGGAAUCAACGGAGUAUCAACAGUGGAAAAAGUAUUAUUUUCAUUAAGAUCUUUCUUUACUUUCUAAGACUCGUAAGGGACUAGUAAUUUUUUAUAGCUGGGGGAGAGGAAUUUUCUCUUGAGAAAAUUGAGUUCCUCUUAGCUGCCAAUGAGGGGGAUCAAAAUAAUGUUACAAAAGCUUACAGGGGGUUAGGUAAAAAUUUGUCCUAACAUAACCGAAAUUCUCCAGCACCCCCUCCCCCCGGUGAUAAAUAGCGACUGGUCUCUAAUAUGUGUAUUAUACUAUGCUGGUUACCCGUAGAUUUGCAAAUAGUUCAUAUGUAGUUUAUAUUUAGCCUUAUACAGGCUAACAACUACAACUGCAAAACUGUCAGCAAAAAAGAUCAAUUGGAGUGAGAAAAAUCCUCUUUUUUUCUUUAUUUAUUGUAUGAUUCAAUGAAUCAAAUUAAUAUAUCGCACUGCGUAAGUUAUAUUACUUUUGAGAAGCGUGAAAAGAGGUCGAGGAGGCGAAGAAGGGGUUGACAAAUUUAGAUGAAAGGUUUUAAAGCAAAAUGAACGCCAUAUUUUCCGUAAUGGAAUCGUUUUACUUUGCCAGCAUGUUCAAGAAAAAUAAGCUCCUGUACUGUAUGUUCUUAGCGCCUCCACCAGCUGUUGAUCUGUUCUAAACUGAUUUAAAUCUGUUUUAGAUAUCCUGCCAAACAAAAUUCUGGAACUUUCCAAUUGUCUGGAGGUUCUUCAUAUUUAAUCAGAGCACAAAUGAAAGCUGGUGCUGGAGUUGGGUCCGGUCACAUAUCCGUAAGUGUGCAAAAACCUUCUGGAGGCAAUCAGAGUCAUCUGUUAUCCAAGCACGCGCUUGUCUGUGAGUAGACAUCAUGCUUUUAAUUACCUUGGUCAUCAUCAUGUAGAUGGAUUCUCCUUCUUCCCCAGGAAUGUAUCAUAGUGAGGACCAUUUCAGGGGCACGGGGAAGCUUUCCACUAGGGUGGUACUUCAAAAACUUAUGCCUUGUUGUCUGAAUGUUUCUUUUACAGAUUUUACGGAAUGAGAUGAAGUCUUGAUCCAUAGCUUCAUCUCCUCCGCCCCAACCCCCCUACAAAAAAAAAAAGGAACACGGUUAAGGUCAAGCUAUAUUGAUCAACAAAGCGUGGUCAAUAUCAGAUUUGUUUAUGAAGGGGUACUCUUCCUGGAAGUUUACCUCGACUUAGUUUAUUCUAACAAGUUUUCUGGCUUGUGUCGAGGGAUGAUCAUCUGGGCGACUGUCAACGUACUCUCAGUUGCUUGUGUUCCCUGAUUGUUUUGAGCAAUGUCGAAAGUUCUAACCAUGUUUGUUGAGUUCUUAAUUGCACAAGGCUAUAUGAUCGCUAUGCUACUUUCCUUUUCAGACAAAGACCUAUGUGCUGUUGUACUAGCGUGCCAGUCGAAUUCAGAGUGCUUAAACCAACGGGGAUCUUCUACUUGUAUCUGCGUUCCUGGGUUUCAAGAAGAUAACUCUUCAUGUCAUGGUAGGAACGUGUAUACGCUACUAAAUUUGACCAGUCUCUUUAAGAACUUAUUGUGUCGGUUUUAUAACCAGAUCAGUAAGUUGAAUUCUCAAAGAUAUAAAAGUUCAAUAAUUGGAACAAAAUACAGAGGGUCCAAUGAUGGUAUCCUUAGACCCUAUAAAUGAUACCCAAGCGAAGAUUUUCAUGACUCAGCAAUUGAUAGAAUCUUCACUGAGAAAAAUAUGUGCCAACAUACUCAUUUGAAAGUCAGACCUUUCAAUCCGAAAAAAACUAAAUCUAAGCUAUUAAGGAUUCUUUUCUGCCAUCGUUUUCCUUUUUGCAUCUAUUUAUUGUUUUGUUAUAUAUUUGUUGUCACCACUAUUUUGAAACUGCUUUUCUUUCCACAGCUCCCCAGCAAUGCCCGGUGGUCAUAGAUUUAGUGUUCCUUUUGGACGCUUCAUCAAAUGUGUUAUCACUAGAAAACUUCGAGAGACAAAAACUAUUUAUACAACAGAUCAUCAGUAGAUUUAAUGUCACAAAUUCAAGUCGUGUUAGUAUCAUUCCAUACAGCGAUAUACCACACGAAGCAAAAAUUUUAUCAACACGGAAUAAAUCAGUUGGAGAGUUUGCCGAAGACGUUCGUGAUCUUCAGUUACUCAUGGGAGGCUGCAGUCGUCAUGAUUUGGCUCUGAACAUGUCGCACAGCUAUUUAAUGAAUUCGGGAGGGCCUAGCAGUGGCCAGAAAGUCGUGGUACUGAUGACCACAGCUAAACAACCGCAGCAUCCUCAGUUGACACCUGGGUAUCAACGGAUCCAAACCACUACCGCGCGACUUAAGGAUGCCGGGGUGCUUACUUUCGCUAUCGGAUUUGGAGACGGUGUUCAAGAGGGUGAUCUCAAGAGCAUCGCAACGGAGCAAUCAAUGAUCUUUUUUUUUGAAGGCUUUGAUAACGUCACAGAGAACGCCAUGGUUGUUUACAAGAGCCUAUGCAAAGCCUCUGGUGAGAAAGUCCUUAUCUUUUGUCAUAGAAUCACAAAGACUGAUCUAUCUGGCUUUUUCACACUUCUUAUUAGCUCCAAUGAUGUUUUUUAAGGCAAACUAUAUAUGGUAGAGCUCGGUGGUAAAGUAUCAGAGCGCGGAAUCCGAAGGUCUGAGGUUCGAUUCCUCAUGGGGAACUUGGGAGUUUUUCUUCUCAUAAUAUUUAUUCUGCUCUGCUUCAACGUAUUGAGCACUGUUCCACGCGAAAAUCGACUUGCAGACUUCCUAUAUAUAUAUAUAUAUAUAUAUAUAUAUAUAUAUAUAUAUAUAUAUAUUUUACGUUCUAUACCAUCGCUCACACCGAUCGCUUGCUAUGACAAAUCGAUGUAGCUCUAUUCACCUUAUUGUGAUCAAUCUACACAUUGUUUGAUUUUUCCUUUCGACCUGUGAAGUUCUCAUAGCAAUCUUAGGCUUUCGUAUACUCUUAAAUUGUGAUCUUAAUACUACUUACUCAAAUCUUACCCAUUUUGCCGAAUCAAAUAUUUACUUUUCUGGUGAGAACGUUUAGCAUGGGCGACAAGCCACCACACCACUGACUUGCGAAAAUUUUCUUUUCAGCCAAAGCCCUUGUCGUGAACAUCUGCCCUUUGUAUGCCGAGGUGACGCAAUGCCAGGAUCACGCCAGCUGUAUCAAUUCGACAAACACCUAUCAGUGUGUCUGUGACCUGGGAUAUAUACCCAAUGGAAACCUCUGCUUUGGUGAUUAUACAGUUUGCUUUUUGUAGUGACGUAAUCCUUGAAUGUAGCUUCCCAUUUUGGGCUUCAACUUUACAAGAUAAAGACACUUACGAAAAAUAAUGUUCUGUUCUUUGUUCAGUCAGAUCUAAUCUUUUCGGAAAAAAUUUAAAAGGACAUGCUAUGUUUCUGCAACUGUCUUUGUAUAUCACAGCUGUGCCAACUUUGUUGUUCGCGAAGAGUGAAGUUGAGCGUAGGGCGGUGGGGUAACUUGUGGCAACAUGAGACGAAUACUUCCAGGGCCAAAUUAAUACCAGUCUUAGAUUUGAAGAUUUUCUGCUCUGCACUUACUUGAUUGAGACGUUCAUUUCUCCAUUUCCAUUUGGUUGUCUUAUUUACAAGGAUGGAAAUACAAUUUUUAUCUUUACUAUUGUUUUUGUCGAGCCAGUAGCUCUCAGUUUUUCUCAAAGACAUGCUUUUCUUAAAGUGUCUCUCGAAUCGUUCUAUAUGGACACGAUAAUAUCUUGAUUUUGGCAAUUUUAGAGGCAUAAUUUCGUUACCGAGCCAUUUUUCAGUAUUUUUUCUUUCGUAAGAGUUUCAAACUUAUGAGUCCACUUGUUUAAAUUGACUAAUUUGAUUCGAAGCACUGUUUCUGAUCACACGGCUGGGAUUCUUUAAAGAUUGCUCAAUGCACAGCAUUCUAUAGAUAUAGUUUGUCUUUUAAGUCUUCAUGGAGAUCACAAAAUUUCUGCCAAAACUUUCCUUCCAUGGAGAGAGUUAAAGGAAUGAUCAUUAAUUUUAAAUUUUGCAGACUUAGAUGAAUGUUCCAAUGAGUCCCAUGAAUGCGUCGAAAUUGCGACUUGCAUGAACACGGAGGGGAGCUAUUGGUGUAAAUGCCCAGCUGGUUACGUCACAAACGGAACAAACUGCGAUGGUUUGUUAUUAUUCUAAUUUACUUGCUUUCCGUUCUUAUUGCACGCGCAAUACGCGCCGUACAUGCGUACUGUUUUUACCAACAACAAGCAACUUUUAUAGGUACUCUCGUUUGUCUUUUCCUUUUUUUUUCAUCAAACAUAGAUGUUGAUGAGUGCUCGUCAAAUACUCACAAAUGUCACAGAAGCGCAAAUUGUAUAAAUACAGUUGGGUCGUACAACUGCUCCUGUAAGCCUGGUUUUACUGGAAAUGGCCGACAAGAUUGCAACGGUAAAUAUACUUACUAUUGGUCAAGGCAAUGCCACUUUUUAACAGUUUACGUUAAAAGAAGAGAUCUAUCAAUGCAAACCCAAUCAUUGCAAUUACCUUUGAAUAAUAUUAACAAUAUAUCCGAGUGUAAGCAGCUUUAUUACAUGGCAUGGUUGUCCUUGGGUAAAUCCGAGCGUUUUGAUUGGUUUUUACUCCGUCCGGUUCUUUUUUUUUUUGUUAGGGGCCCUUUCUAAGGAAACGGUCUAAAGCAGUGUAUUUUCGGUCGCGAAGCGGGAGAAUUCAAAUAAACAAGUUUUGUCCAAGCGCCAUGUAAUAAACAACUUACUAAACUCGCUUGCUCGUGCCGUACUAGGGAAUAUUGGCUCUCGAUCGUUUUUAACAGAACGAGCGCAGUGAGGUCCGUACUGCCACGAUCUCGAGCCAAUAUUCCCCCCAUCUUUAGCACGUGAUCACAGAGUGAUAGAGCCCUUACGUAUGCGUGUGCCGUCACGUUGGCAUCGUCAACGAACGAGUUUUGCCGUUCAGUGAAAACGUUAGGUAUAUAUAUGUUCGUUAAGGAAAGGCGAAAGAGGGAACCGCCCUAAUAUGAUAUUUGACCUAUAUCUAUCAACAAGAAGUGAACGAAAUCCGCAAGUAACUAAACACGCAAAGGUUCACAAUUGCCGAAAACAACGCAGUUUCCAAGAUCUUUUCGUAAUUAUAAACCUUUGGCGUGAAAGCCAACGGCAGCCCGAUGGCCUCGACCCAGUACUUUUACGUCGUUAUUGCCGUCGCUGUUGUCAUGCCGUAAGGUCUCUAAUAUCACGUUACACAUAAAACUUAAGGAAGUUAUACUGGUGUAAGUAACGAAAGCCUGUGCCAAACUUGCAGUCAACAGAAACGAGCGAGCGAUGAAAGGAACGAGUGGAAAUGUCAGGGUCAUCCAUUUCCAUGGCAACCAUUACCGUUAAUUGUCGUUCGCCCGCUACUUCACAUGUCUCAGCAGACUGAGUGCCUAGAACAAGCUAGGGGAUAACUUUUCCGUAAUAUUCAAUCAUAGAUAUCGACGAGUGCGAAUUUCUACCAGAUGCCUGCCACAAGGACGCGUACUGUAAAAACCAGAAUGGCUAUCACGAUUGUGCAUGUGUUCCUGGAUACUCUGGUAACGGCACCAGCUGCACUGGUAGGUUUUAAAAUGAGCCUCAUAUAUAGUUAGCAUUAUUACUGCUUUUUGAUAACACUCUGCUCUUAUUCCACUCUUAUAUCCUCUACCUUCCGGUUUUAUAUCCUUUUUUUUCUAGCCGGAGGCUUAAACCGCAGAUGAUAUUAUGACGACAUUGUUUUUCUUUUAUCACAGCUCCAGAAAAAUGCUUAGUUCCAGUGGACAUCAUCUUUGCAAUAGACGCCUCAGGCAGCGUUGGAAGAGAUAACUAUGAAAAGCAAAAGGACUUCAUGAAGAUUUUGGCUAGUCGAUAUGACUUAGAAAAUAGUAGUCGAGUUGCAGCAAUUGUAUUCAGCAAUCACGCCUCUAACGAGAUCCAGUUAGGAGAGAUGAAAACUGCAAUGUCCUUUGCCACCGCUGUGGACAAGAUACCAUAUUUUCAGGCAUUUACACGUAUUGACCUUGCACUCCGUAAGGCCUAUGAUGAGUAUUUCUCGACAAGUUCGAACGAAACACAGAGACUGGUCAUUUUGUUAACUGAUGGGAAACAAACUAGAAAUGACUUUAUGACACCGGCAUAUGUUCCAAUUUUGGAUACUGUGCAGCUCCUCCGCUCUAAGUCUGCUCGAAUUUUUGCCGUUGGAAUCGGUCCCUCGGUAGAUUUGACGGAAAUGAGGAUGGUGACUGAACAACAAGACGAUAUUUUCCUUGCAACUGAAUUCAAUGAUCUGGUUUCGAAGGCGGAUACAAUAGCAAAGACAACGUGUGCCGUCGUUCGUAAGUAUAUUUCGAAGCUUUUCGUGCAAAAGUUUUUGUUUUGCUAUGUCUGUCGAGGGUGUUCAAUACAUUUUAUGCGAGCGAUACGUACAUAGGCUGAUGUUCAGUAAAAAAUAAAUAUUUAAUAUCUUUAAAUCUUUCGGUCGGUCGGUCGGUCGUUCGGUCGUGGAGUCCGUCAGGCACUCAGUGAGUUAGUCAGUGUGUCAGUCACGAAGUCCCUCUGUUCCUAACUUCCUCAGCUGUCUGUCAGUCCGUCGAUCAUAGUGAGUUGGUCAGACAGGCAAUUACACCGGUUGAUCGGUACAUCUAUCAAUUAAUUUAUGGAAUAUAUUUAUACAAUGGUCUCUUUAACCAGUUUGUGCGUCCGAGCUUCAAAAUUUUGUUAAAAACUUUCUUGAGCUGAGUAACUUUUAAAAUCCUCGAUCAUGUAAAUAAAGUUAACCAAUAUUGACAAUGUUGAAGCAGACAAGUCUUCGAGAAGUGCUGGUGUCCAUGUACGUAUAAAAAUACGGAAAAAAGUGAAAGAUACAGCAGCUGCUCCAAAGUAGACUCUUAGAGCUAACUAUUUGUCAGAAAGAUGAGUCACCACGAAAUAUCCACUUUCAGGGUCAGUUAAUUGAUCAUAGUUCUUUUUUAUCUACCAGUCCAGGAACGAGGGGUAACCGUGUGUAGCGCUGAUGUCGACAUUACAAGUUGUCAUUAUGGAGCACACUGCGUCAAUACAAGUAAUAACUUUACCUGCCUCUGCAAAAAUGGUUUUGUUGGGAGAGGUCUUCAAUGCGAUGGUAAGUCACCAGCAAAAGCACGAUUAGAUCUCGAGUAUAUUAUAGUAGAAGGCUUCAACAUUAGAUAAAUCACAUGGCGAUAAGAGUUAGAGCAUUGAAGUGGAGGGGACUUAGUCAGCAGGACUGCUGUUUAUCUCUCUUAGUCCCCUUCCUAUCGGUCAUGGCCACAGGCGCAGGGGAUCUUUUAUAGACCUGCACGAUUUACUGCUAUUUUAAAAUCCUCAGCAAGACGUCGUUUAGCGACAUUCAACGAACGCAGCGUAAAUAGAUGAAAAAUUCGUGCGACUCCAAAAUACCUUAUUUGUUAAACUUUUUCUUUUUUCUACAAUCAUUAUCACUAUCCAGUACGAGACAACAUAUACCCUCGUUCCAUUCUUAGAUAUAGAUGAAUGCGCCGAUGGUUCACAUGACUGCCCUGGCUCUGCUUCCUGUGUAAACACUGCUGGCUCAUAUUACUGCUUAUGCAAACAAAAAGGAUACAGUUAUAAUGGUAGCAUGUGCAUUGGUAAGUCGUGCAUGUCUCGCUAUUGAUUAGUAAAUCUAAAAACACAUAUUGGCACUCAGUUUCGUUAACCUGAUGGUUGUUUAGUCCCAGUUCCCUUUACUCAUUUUCUGUAGAUCUAAUUUAUAUAUAUUGUUGAUUAAUUUGUUUAUGUUAAACCACCGUCAAAGACAUUGGAAGCAAUUAGCAGCUGCGUCCACCUUCCUGGAACUAGCGCCCUCUUGGACCACAAAAUUUAAUAGGCGCAGCGCCAAUUUUAACAUCUUAAGGUCACCCACUAUUUAUUAAUAGUCUCUUUUAGGUAACAUGCAAAUGAAAAUCCCUUCCUUUCUUCUUUUGCCAUCCACAGAUAUUGAUGAGUGUGCCAAAGAUUGGGAUAACUGUAACGAUACACUUACGACAUGCUUCAACCUUCCCGGAUCGUACAAUUGCACCUGUCCCGAGAAGAAUUUUGCUUGGAAUGGACAAAUCUGUGUUGGUAAUGAAUAUCUAAAAGACAGGCAUUUGAUCAUAAUGACGUCAAGAAAGAGGUCAAUGAAAAUGAGAGAAAUAAUCAUUGUUCUUAAACGCUAUUUUCACAGAUAUAGACGAAUGCGCAAAGGCUUUACAUGACUGCAUUGCUCCUGCUAAGUGCGUCAACACAGCGGGAUCCUAUAACUGCUCAUGCGACCAUCCAGGCUCUGUUCAAAAUGGAAGCUCGUGCGUAGGUAAAUACAAGAUCUUGCAGACAGUAUACGCGAAACUCUUUACAAACUACCAAGCACUCAUAUAAGUUUCGGUUAAGUGUGGAGAACAAAAUUUUACCUGGUUUUACUUCACAUAUUAAAAUCAAACGUCAAGGAUUCUAGAUCUGGCCGAGAAAUUCUUUUCUCUUUGCUUCCGAGGAAGGGCCAUCCUACAAAAACCUCGUAAACGUCGAUGUAUUCUGUUCUGGACUGGCGUCUUAUCUACUGAUGAGUCGAAACAAUGGGGACAUUUAAGAUCUAGCAUAUUUUGCUGUUAGGGUGGUUAUUACUCCCUAUAGAUUAAACUGAAUAGUGGUUAAAGAUGAGCUAAAUAAAUCCUUUUAAAAAUUUCUGACCACAUUACACGGCACAAACAUAAUGUAUCAUUUAGGGGAGGACUGGGAGAUCUUAUUACCCUACUAGAGGAAAAUUCGCAUCAUUUUUUCGUGCAACAACAUUCGUUGAAGUUACCAUUGAUCUGAUAAAUCAGACGUAAUGAGGAAGUUCUGAGGAAUAGCUUUCUUUUAUGGCCAUAGAUAUUGAUGAAUGUGCUCAGGAAUUGGAUGUUUGUGAUGACGUGACAACAAAAUGUGUGAACACGCCAGGAUCCUAUAAGUGCCUUUGCCAUCAGGAAAACUAUGCUUGGGAUGGAAAAAGCUGCGUUGGUAAUAAAUUUCUUUUUAAAAUUUGAAGUUAUAAUUUUUAACUCAGUCUGACAUUGGAACAUUUCCUCGACAGAGAAAAAUUCUCUCCCUGCAUGUUCUAAUCACAUGAUCAUGUCAAUCAUAAAAAUGGACGCGUUUCUUUAUAAAUAAAAUGAAAUUGCGAUGAAAGGAAUCUUUAUUUUGACACCAAUGAAUGUAAAUGGUGAGAUUUUACAAUGAUUUCGAUACCAACGGCCCGGUGACGCUUGGAAGUAUAAGGGCUAGAUUUUGUCAAUGAAAGAAUUAAACGCCAAAGAAAAUUAUUACAGUUUCUCGGGUGGACAUGCGAUUUAUGCGCACAUUGAUUUCUUUUGCAUAAAAGCUUAGCUCAACAAUCCUGUUUUAAUAUACGCGUACAAGUGUUGUUCCUUCGCUGGUGCAUUAAGUUUUUUCCCGCCACAAGUCUUUUACGUCGUAAAAAUUACCCAUAUACCUCGUCUAAGAAAAAGCAUUUGGUUAGUUGUUUACUAAAUGUCGUGUAACGAAUCUAAUGUAAAAUGUUGAUAUAACGCUUCUUUUUACGUAAAAGACAAAGACGAGUGCAAGGAUCCCACCAGUUGCUCUGCCAAUUCCAGUUGUACAAACUUAGAUGGGUCUUACGAGUGUACUUGCUCAGCCACAGAGUCUCAUCUCUGUUAUGGUAGGUGAAAAUUUUGUAAGAAUGGAAGUGGAGGUCAAACCGGAAGUCACUUUAUCAAAGAAAUAUUUAUUUAGACCAUAGUUACUCAAGUUCUGUCCCAUUCAAAUGUUAAAAUAAGUAAAGGUUUCUAUUCUUUUCUUUUUAAGGGACUUUAUUGUGUGGUACUCCGCAUGUAAGAAUUUUUAAUGUGGGCCGCACUGCUGACCAACCUACAGAAUUUCAGCUCAGCUCGUACUACACGUUUAAAGCAAAUGUUGAAAUACGAUGUGCUAAGAUAUGGACACAAAACAUGUCUUGGAUAAUAGCAAAUACGUCAAUGAACGAUUUCGAAGCCCUUGCCAAUGGGACUAUGGCGUCAUCAGGAUUCAACGACUGGACCCCUUCCAAGCAACAUGAAGAAUUCGCAAAUGUGGUUCAUACUUUGAUCUUCUAUUUCACGGUGGUCCAACAGGAGGAUAAUGUGACAAAAACUGCAUAUGAUCGGGGUUUUAUUCUCAUGCGCCUACCACCGCUGGUAGCAAUAAUCUCAGGUGAAACUGAAAUAACAAAAGGAGAUACGCAGACGAUCGUUCUUAAUGGAAGCGAAUCCUUUGAUCCCCAUGUUGGGCCAGGGCAUCAGGAAUUGCUUAUGUUUCAUUGGCUAUGUAGAAGAGCGGGUGAAGAAUUCCCAUCUGAGCACCCGCUUGAGAUAAAAGUCGUCUCCAGACCUUUGAACCCCCCUAAGCCAUCACGUGGAGGCUGUUUUGGAACAGGUGUCGGUAGAUUGGACUCCAACGAACCAUUGUUUGUGCUGAACGCCUCAGUAUUAGAAAGUUCAAAUGCAACCUACGUCUUCAAACUUAUCGUUACAAAAGACGUGAGAUCCGCAAGUGAUGAGAAGCUAGUUGAAGUCGUCAAGGGAAACCCUCCUGAAGUUUCAUUAAAGUCAGUAUGUUAUCAUUGUAUCAUAAUCAUUUAGUUGGUUGAAUUUAGAAGCGAAUUUUAGCGAUCACGUUUCUAGAGCACGAAACAUCGACCUUCAUUUUAAACGGUAAGUUCAAUUUUAAGCACCCAAGUUUGGCAAAGGCUCUCAACUUGAUCGUCAAAGGUAGAAAUUUACAACGUUUUUAUCCUAGCUCCUUUGCUUUCACUGUCAAUGAGGAUAUGGAGUUUCUGACGCACCAUCAGGGCCUUGAGUGCUUGCGAAAAAAGAUUGACUGCAGAAUUUUUUAAACAAGGAGUGUAAAAAUAGAGUGUAUACCUUUAGCUAUGUUAAAGCUUACAAUCAUUCCGUCUACAGUUUUGUUUUAAAUGACCGUUUAAAUGUCAUCUCAACUGCUCCGCUCACCAUAUCAGCCGAUUACAUGGGUUAUCAAUGCAACGAUGAUGUAGAGUAUCAAUGGAUUCUUUACCAGGAGAACAAAAACGCGGGAUGGUUGGAAGUCUUUAAUCAACCAGAGAGAACAAAAGUAUUUAAAAUCGAUCCAAAGAUUCUUGAAGACAAUACAAAAUAUCGACUCGAACUGACUGUGAUACUUAGGAACGACACUCCUUCCAAAAGCGUACAGGUUUUCAAGACUGCACUCCUUCCAAAAGAAGGCUCUUGCGUUGUAACACCCGACACUGGCGAAGCAGUGUAUACCCUAUUUGAACUGCUAUGCUUCGGAUGGUUUGCAAUUAACGAAACGUUCACAUACGAAAUUCAAAUCUCCGGGGAAGGCUCCAUAUACUAUAGCUAUUAUCACGGCCCUUCAGCCAAACAAAUGUUAGUUUUACCUCAAGGGAAUGCUUCUCAUGGAUAUUGGUCGAACGUCAAAGUCUUCGUAUUAAGAAGCAACGGGGCAACCACUGAGUUGGAUGUUCCUGUUAGGGUAGGAGAUUUGAAGAUAUUCUGCUGUAUUUUGUCACCGUUUAGUUGCAGUUUAAAUAUCUAAAUUUAAAUUUAUAAUGAUUCUUUUAUGAUCUUUAGGUGUGAUAAGUAUGGGAGAAAAGGGAAGGGUGGAAGGAACUGGGUUGUGAGUGAUCGCUAAAGAGAUUAGAGGAACCAUAACCUUAUGACAUGUUUAUUUGUUUACGUCAUUACUUUAACUCCCAGAAGUUAAAACGUGUGACAUCUCAUUAUAAUAUCUAUACAUUAUUCAGCGAACCAGCGAUGGGAAUACUAAAACGAAAUCGAGUCAGAAUAGUAAUUUUUGUGAACUAAACCUUGCAAGUUAGAUGUACAUUAAGGAGGAAUAACUAUAUUAAGAACAUUUGUAUCUUGCAGGUCACUCCGCCCAAAUCAAACGGCAGUAUGGAUCUCUUUGAGCUUCUGGUUAAAAACACAACUGCCUUUGAGGAUUAUCUCCUCUCAAUGGAGUCACAUAAGGCCUGGCAGCUAAUGACGGCUAUGUUGUUGACAACGGAGGCACAGGAGUUGGUCGAUGGUAGUAAUUCAGAAAAAUCGCUUCAACAAAGAAUUGCUGUAAGUGUUUAAAUCCUGAAUGAAGCAUGUAUGUCUUUAGAUAGUAAAGGAUAAGAACUUAAGGUUUCAAAAGAACGAGCCAAAGACGACCAGGGUAGUAAUUUGGAUAUUUUUCCUCUAUGGCGGAUAAGUUGUAGUUGUAGUUCACAUACUGUAGGAAGACAUAAUGGCCAGAUUGAAACCAUUGUGGAGUACGGUCAGAUGCCUGAUAGGGCUAAAUUAUUCUGUUACGGAAAGGAAAUUUCUUUCUUUUCUUUUUAUUAUGCUAAAUAGUGCUUAAUUGUACUUGUUCUUAAGCAAAGAGACGUAGCCCUUAGAAGACUUCAGAUAAACGAAUUUAAAGAUCUACCUGGUUUGGUGUUCAUCUCGGCUUUCUUGGCUUCAGCGGGGAGGAAUUUGCCGGAGUUGUCCUAUCUCAGUAAGGUAAUAUCAUGCUGAGUAAAGACACUUUAAUGAAUGUCCGUUUCAAAGUCUAAUCAUUUUCCUCACUGUCCCCAGAGAGUUCCUAUUAAUCAUCUUUCCCUGGUUAACAAAGACUAACACGGCUUGGCUUUGAGCCUUAUUGCGGUAAUUUUCUGUAGGACAAUAUGUACAGACCCUGAUAGGUUUCUGUACGCAGUACAAAAUGUACAUAUUACAUAAAAUGCUUUAUAUUAAAAAUUAUUCAUUCGCAUACGCUGUUUUAGAGUUAUCAAUUUAUUUUGAAAAAAUUUUCAUCGUUGAUGGGUAGUAAAAACCGCCUUGAUUGAAAGCUCUUAGUUAGGAAAUGAUGAACGGGACUUUCCACCAAUCAAAAGACACUAUCGCAUUUUCGGACUCGAGACUGAUUCAGUGGGCCGGUAAUUUAAACGAAGACCAGCCCAAACCACGGUGUUAUGCAAGCAGUGGGCCUCAGGUAUUCUCUCUAGAAUGUUGGUUUGAUUAAGCAAACCUCCAUUGCUAGGUUUCGCCUCCUCGAAAUUGUUCACAAAUAUAAAUGGUUAGGAAAUUGUCCGAAAUAUCUAGGUACUUAUUCGCCUAUUCAUUCUCUUACACUCUCUGUGGUGUAUAGUACCACAAAAUGUGUUCCUCAUCUCACCUUAAUUUUCUUUGUUAUCUUCUUUAGCUGUCUCCAGCUAUAUUUCCCAACCCGUCAUCCACCUAUUUUUCUUUCAUUGUUCUUAUGACGAGCGCUACAUCUUAGAGCCACAUAUCGUUAUUUUCCUUGAAACGUCCAACUUCCCAUGAAGCUGGCUAGGGGCUGAAACUUUUAAGUGAUCAGCGGGUGCUGCCAGGAAUUUUAUAAACAAAACAAAAUUAAUGUGCAUAAUAUAUCACGUUGAUUUGCAGAGGUAUCUGCCACAGAUUUUUGGAAAUAUGAGUGAUACUAUACUCCACGAAGCUAAUAAUUUGAAAGCAAAGGAUGAGCGAUAUAUUUCUCAAGGAGUAUAUAACAUGUUGUUUGGAACAGUGGAACUACUUAUGAUUUCCGCAGAGGAAGCUAAAAUAACUGAGGACAGUGGCCUCUCGGCAGCUAACCGAUCUAAGGUAGGUCGAAACGGAUCAAACCAAUUUUUCUUUUUCAGAGAGAAGCAGCGCUGCUAUAACACCAUAGAAUGGUGGGAACUGUCAGAUGCUAUCAGUAGCAAUGAAAUGAGCGGUAGGGUUUCGUACUAAGUUCAUCAAAAGCUUUUUUUAAAUUUCGUCUUCAUUGCCACAUUGAUGUGAACGACUCAAUAAAAUUCUAACCUCAAAUGGUAUCUGACGAUUUUCAAAUUUGCUCACCUAGGAAAAAGAAAUCGUCCUGAAAUCAAUCAACAUCAUCAGAACCUUGCUUAGGACUCUGACGACAAGAUCAGCGGUUUCGCAGUCACCGAAAAGUAUGCAGGUUUUGGGUUUAGAUUUCACGGCGGGUCGCGAGACCUUCUGUGGACUCGAGUCAAAAACUUUGAACGGGUCAGAGGGCCAGGGUUUUGUACUUCCACCCAAUAUGAAGAAAGCAUUUGGUGAGAUAGACUUAGAUUCAAUUGACUAUCAGGUGAGUUUUAUCUUUAGAUAGUGAUUUAUUUCCUUUGCUUUCCAUCUCAUUUCUUGUGCCUCCUACUUUUGGCUUCCACUCCAUCCCUUUGUUCUCUUCAUUCUCAUGUCUGUCCCUUUUUACGUUUCUUUUCUCCUUGCUAUUCUUCCAAUCCUUUCUUUAUGGCCGGCUGUUCCAUUUGAAAUUGAUUCUUUCCCUAUCAGUUUAUUCAUACCAAGUUCAAUCCAUAUCUGUGGCAUCAAACUCACCAGGAAGUGAAGUCGGAAAUACUGAGCCUUGAGUUUAGUGACGAUAAUGGAAAUGUAUUACCUGUCGGUGGGGAUGACAUCGACAUCGACAUCACAAUACCUCUAGAUUCUAGGAACGAGUCUUUAAAUAACUUUUUCAUUAGACCACUAACAAUGCGAUAUCAUAUUGUCACGCUCGAUGAAAUUUCUGAUUCUAUCAUCCUCGAAGUUAAACCAAUCAACCGAAGUUUAAUGAUGGUGGUGUAUGUUAAACAUGGAGGGCGUCCAACUUUGAGCGACUUUGACUUUUACGCUGUUAUACCUGAUUAUUCUUCUUGUCGUUAUGAUGCUCUCAAUGGUAACCUGGUCCUUAAAUGCGUCACAAGUCCAUACAGAGUCAUGUCCACUGGAGAUUUUAACCAGACGGGUCUAUACUAUGUCGGCGUGUUGUACAUUGAAAAGUCUCAGCUAAAUCACACCCGAACAAGACGUUCAUGCUUCGGAAGAAAGAGACAAAAAAGGGACUGUGUAGAGCCAAAGCCUCCUCCAGUGAGAGGAGUAGAGUACAAUAGAACAUUAACCUAUAAUCCCGCCACUGACCAGAACUACAGUGUCAAAGUUCAGAAAUACAGCUGUUAUUAUUUCUCCUUGACUCAGAACACGUGGAGUAAAGAUGGCUGCAAGGUUAGGAUGUUUGUCCGAGAAGAAAUAGAGCACUAAAUCAUUUAAUUGGCAUGUAUUCAUCUAUAAUUGAGCCUAAUCCCUAUUAACCUUUUAAAACCUAAGAGUGACUACCAUCAAAUUUCCCCCUUCAAUAUCACCCCUGAAUCAUACGUUAAGAUCUUGAAAAUAAAGGAAAUUAUCACAGACAAAAGAAGCUUUUGAUUCGUAAUAAAAUUCUCCUUUUCAACACCUUAGGAAAUGUAUAAAUAGCAGUAUGGAGAAUAUGCAUACCGAUCUUAGGGUGUAAAGGGUUGAUUUAAGACCAAUAUAAGACUCUUCUGGCGCAGAUUCUUACUCCUUAGGCUGUCUCUAUUUACAGUACUUUGACCAGACUGCCUUAUCAAUCCGCUAUAUUGGCACAGUUCUAAGAAGUGGAUACAUUUUCACCAGAAAGUAAUAUUAGAAUGGGAUACCGAGUAUGAUGCUAAAAAAAAAAAAAAAAAAAAAAAAAAAUUGCAAAAUUUCUCAACCUCCGGAUUAUUAGUCAUAACGAGGAGCAUUAUCCCCAGUUUAUUGUGUUUCUUACUGACGCUCCACCGGUGCAGCAUCAUGACAAACUCGGCAUCUCUCGGAACAUAAACCAUAGAAUGUUAUUUCUUGACUUCUUUAGGUCGGUGAUGAGACGAACGAACAACUACUUCACUGUAAAUGUAACCAUCUAACUGCGUUCGCCGGUGGUUUCCUCAUUGCUCCAAAUCCAAUAGACUUCGACAAAGUUUUCGUAGAAUUUACCAAGCUCGGUGAAACAGGAAAUUAUGUGGUACUGUCAACUGUGUGUGGCAUUUUUGGCGUCUAUGUGUUGGUAAUUAUCUGGGCGAGAAAAGCGGAUAUGUUAGAUGAUAGAAAGGUACGUUGACUUGUUGGUUAUGAAAUGUCUGAGAUGCUACAAGCGCACUGGUUGCUUAAAAGAACUUACCGUUUAUUGCAGUGGUAGACCCAUAGGAAAUUGAAAAAAAAUAUACUGCUUUUUCUUUUAAGAUUUAAAAAUGGAUUUUAUAAAAGCAAUAGACCGCACUUUCUAUUGGUUCACCAACGCAAUAAGUAUCUUGGGACUUUCGGAGGGCACUAAAAAAUUUUGUAAAUCACUCGCCACCUUAAGCACUUUAUAAACUUUUUUGGCGUUCACCUAACAUCCUGAGCAGCUUGAGUUAUUCCGCCGGUCAACCGAUAACAAGGGUGGUCUAUUACUCAUGUUUCGUGUCGAUACUAGAAACAUUCUUGGGAAUUCGAUGCACCUGCGCAUUCGAAGUCAUGUAAGGUACCAGAAAUCAGUAUUAUUUAUCUAAUCAGUUAUUCUAUGGGUUUCAUUGGAAUUGCCAAGAGAUAUGUAAUUGACCGUCGUCUAAUAGCAUGAUAAUAACUUUUUCUUGGCAGUUGGGUCCAACUGUGAAUAUAAAACACAACGAGAACAGCUCAUACAAGUAUGAUGUGACCAUAAUAACCGGAGUAUGGAGACAAGCUGGCACAUCGGCAAGCGUAUUUGCUAAAAUCUACGGAACUGAGAGUUCUACUAAGGAGGUUAACUUGACUGGCAACGCUCCACCUGGUAGAAAACUUUUUGCAAGAGGCAGCAUUGAUAGGUUCGUUCUUCACCUUGACAGUCAGCUCGGAAGUGUAUUUAAAGUUGAAAUGUGGCAUGACAACAGUGGAAAAAGUUCUUCUUGGUUCCUUGAUCAAGUUCAUAUUGUUGAAAGAAGUACAGGGGAAAAGUGGGAUUUCUUCUAUCAUAAUUGGCUGGCUCUUCACAAAGGGAAUGGAACCACUGCUGCGACUCUCAUGUCCCAUGAUAAUGGUCAGCACAGUCCUGGGUUUAAAAGUAUGUUUCACUCAAUGGCUUCAGCAGACCUGGCCGAUUACCACAUCUGGGCCUCCGUCGUUACCAGGCCACCACGGAAUUUCUUCACACGCGUUCAGCGUGCCUCUUGCUGCCUUUCUUUUCUGUAUUUGGCAAUGGUAUGUAACGCCAUGUUUUAUCUGGUAGUUGGCGGUUCCGAGGAUUUGAUCCAGAUAGGGCCAUUGCAAAUGUCCCUUCGGCAGCUAAUUAUUGGAAUUGAGAGUACACUGAUAGUUACACCAGUGAGUAUUAUCAUAACUGCAUUAUUCCGCUUCAGAAAGGCAAAAACGAACGGAGAGUGUGAAGACGGCGAUUCAAACAAUAAUUCUCCUGAAAUGUCCUCAGCAAAAAAUAACAAGAAACAAUUCUUACUUCCCCAUGUCUUUGUUUAUCCUGCCUGGUUUCUCUGCAUUGCAACAGCAGCGACGGCUGCCACGUUUACAGUAUUUUACAGCCUUCAAUGGGGUAAAGAAAUUGCUGAUCAAUGGUUAGCUUCUGUCUUGGUAUCUUGUGUCGAAGAUAUUUUCAUCUGGCAACCUUCUAAAGUCCUAGUAUUAGCUUUGUUAUUGAUUCUAAUUUUUAAAAGACCUAAGCCACCCGAUGAAAUUGAAAAUUGCGAUGGAACAUCCUUUGCAGAGGAGAUACGAGAGCAACGUGCCUAUGAAUUACGGAAGGCAAAAUUUUUUAGAUUUGCGCGACAAUUUUUGGCUUUUUUGGCCUUUUAUCUCUUUUUGAUGAUUGUAGCUUAUGGAGACAAGGAUUAUCAUAGGUACCUGAUGACUAAAGCCACGCGUGACGGUUUCGCCUAUUUCUACAAGGUUUGUGCAAAAAUAUGUCUUGAUGAUGGCGAAUUUUCGGAAAACUACUUUGCAUUCAUUUUUCACUUUGCCACAACAAAAAAUUAUCUAGUGAUGCUUCAACGCAUUGGCAGUGCCGAUGGUAGUCCGAACUGAAUUGAUCUACAGACACUAGGUUUACAAUUUUGCGGCAUGUCAAUCUCUGUAUGAAUAAACGAGGAUGACAGUAGGAAAGUGCCAAAAAGAGUAAGUCAGUUUGAAUGCCUGAGAGCAUGAUUUCAUAAUGGCAUAGGGUGGAAUUUUUGGGCAACUUGAAUUUAAAUAUCGUUCCAAAGGACUUCUUUUUCAAUGUCAGCCAUUUAAUUUCGCGAUGAAGUUUUACCCACUGAGAACUGAAUUUGAAAUCUAAGGACUCUCUCAUUUUUCCUCCUUCUUAAGGUACAAUUUAAUGAUAUAUGCUGUCAAUAUAGGUGAAGUUUAAAAUCCAGAUUUCCAAAAUGAUGAACGUCAACAACGUUAUUCUAUUCCUGAUUUACCAAACAUCAUUGCAUUUUUUGUCUUAUGUAGGUAAACACUGGUGACAAAAUGUGGGAUUACAUGCUGGGAAAGUUCAUCCAUGACUCUUAUGCCGGUGAGUGGUACAAUGGACAGUUUGAGCCGACGACAGAGUACAUUGGUAACAAAGCUUCCAUGCUCAUUGGAAUGCCUCGUCUUCGACAGUUGAGGAUAAAUGAAGGUAUUUGUCGUUUUCACGCUUUUCAUUAUGUUUGUAACGAAAGGAGUAGAAUGAUUUCUCACAGAGACUUAAAGUGAUAAAUUUGCGUAUGUCGAAAGUAGAAUUUGGUUGUGCAAUAAAAAUUACGAUAAUUUUUUAGUACUUGGUUAAUCUCGUAAGGUUUGAGUUUUAAUGUGUAAUCUCUGCUCGCUUUGUUUCAAAAAUAGAAUCAUGCACCGUUGUGAAAGAGCUUGAGGAUAUGAUUGAUAAAUGCUAUGACUUUUACUCGAUGUCAGAGGAGGAUACAACACGCCUUUAUCUUCCUCAUUGGAUUCACUUGUCAGAAUCACAGCUUAGCUGGAACAAUCUAUCACAACUUUGUCCAAAGCCUUGGCGUUAUUCAACUGCAGAGGAGCUCAAUAACUUUCCAUCGUGGGCACAACAUCACAUAUAUGGCGGUGGAGGGUACGUUCUCGAUUUGGGAUACGAUAAACCGACUGCUAUCCGUAUGAUGGAGGCUGUUAAAGACAAAGACUGGAUUGAUAGAAGAACAAGGGCAAUUCUGCUUGAAUUUCAAGUCCUAAACCUGAACACUAACUUAAUGAGCAUUAUCACGUACCAUUACGAAGUUCUUCCUUUCGGAUUUGGGCUUACUUACGAAAAGAUUGACACCAUAAAAUUGUUUAAUUUUCAAACUAUGGCCUACAGCUUUUACCUAAUGUGCCAGUUGAUAUUUAUAUUUAUGGUCUUAGUGUAUAUCACGAUACUUCUUAUAAGACUAUGUCGUAAAGGAGGUGCAUUUUUCAAGCGAAUAUGGAACUGGAUAGAUGUUGGUCAAAUUGUGAGUGCCUCGCUUGCAGUUGUGUUUUACGUUAUGAAAGUUAAGUUUAUGCAUGACAGUAUCCAAGAAGUGCGAAGGAAUCCAUUUGUGACAGUAAGCUUUCAGUUCGCAAUUUUUUGGACUGAAAUGGAACAUGCUGCUCUUUCAUUUGCUUUAUUCUUUGCCACGUUCAAAAUUCUGCAUUUCAUUCGACUUAAUCCGCAGGUACAAAUACUAGCGUGGUCGUUAGCCAUUGCAAAAAAUGACAUUUUUUCAAUAAGUGUUCUCUUCGGAUUACUAUUCAUUGCACAUGGGCAUUUUGCCUACAUGGUUUUUGGUGGCUCAGUGUUUUCAUUUUCAUCGUUUAUCCGCUCGUUCGCUUCUGAAUUUCAAUUAGCACUUGGGAACACCUUUCACGUUGUCCAACUCGAUGAUGUCAAUAGAAUCUUUGGUAAUCUUUUCACUGCCAGUUUUAUGGUCACACUUGCAAUUCUUCUGAUCAACAUUUUUGUGUCUAUUCUUGAUAUAAAUUUACACGAUGUAAAGGACGACGAAGAGAAACUUGAGGAAGCAUAUAGUAUGGGAGAAUUUAUCAAAACACUUCUAUUUGGCCUAGAUCGCCAGAAAGAGGAAGAUACUAAACUGUAA